AUGGUACCUGCUGCACAGCUGGGUUUCAACCUGCAGCCCCUUCUGGAACAGCUCAGCCAGGAUGAACUGAACGAGUUCAAGUCUCUGUUGAGGCCCCUUUCCCUGCAAGAUGAGUUACAGCACAUCCCUCCGACAGAGGUAGAGGAAGCCGAUGGGAAGCAGCUGGCAGAAAUUCUCACCAACCGCUGCCCCAGCCAUUGGGUAGAGAUGGUGACCAUCCAAGUCUUUGACAAGAUGAACCGAACAGAUCUGUCUGAGAAAGCAAAGGAUGAGCUCAGGGGUAAACAGGAUGAAUAUAGAAGUAUAUUGGAAGAGGAGGUCUGGCAAAGCAGGAAGAAGAACUUUUGGCCAGAAGCCAGUGAAAACAUCCACAUGGUCACUCAGAGAUACGAGACACUGGUCCCAUCCUGUAAUGCUAAAAUGCUUGCAGGGCCAUUCGCACAGACGGUGGUGCUGCACGGUGCCGCGGGCGUCGGGAAGACCACGCUGGCCAAGCAGUGCAUGCUGGACUGGACGCAGGCCGGCCAGGCCCGCGCCCGCCCCGCCGCCCUCUACCUCAGCUGCAAGGCGCUCAGCCGCAGGGGGCCGUGCACCCUGGCAGAGCUGCUGGCCGACAGCGCCCCGGGCCCGCGCCGGGCCCUUCCGCGGCUGCUCGCGCGGGCGCGGACGCUCCUGCUGGUCGUCGACGCUUUCGAGGAGCUGCGCGUGCCCGCCGCGGCGCUGGCGCGCGACCUGGGCGGCGACUGGGGCGCGCGGCGGCCGGCGCCCGUGCUCCUGGGGGGCCUGCUCAAGAGGAAGCUGCUCCCCGCGGCCACGCUCCUGGUGACCACGCGGCCCGAGGCCCUGGGGGAGCUGCGGCUGGUGGUGGAGCAGCCGCUCCUGGUGGAGGUCGAGGGGCUCUCGGAGCCGGAGCGCAGGGCGUAUCUGCGGCGACAGCUGGGAGGCGAGGCUCAGGCGCGGCGCGCUUGGCAGCUGAUGAGAAGCAACGCGGCGCUGCUCCGCCUGGGCUCGGCGCCCGCCGUGUGCUGGAUGCUGGGCGCCUGCCUGCGGCUGCCCGCGGACGAGGGCGACCACCCGGGCCGCACGUGCCGCACCGCCACGUCGCUGCUGCUGCGCUUCCUGUGCAGCCGGUUCGCGCCCGCGCCGGGCAGCUGCCCGCGCCCGCGCCCCCGGGCCCCGCUGCGCGCCCUGUGCCUCCUGGCGGCCGAGGGCGUGUGGGCGCAGACCUCGCUGUUUGAGCCCCGGGACCUGCGCAGACUGGGCGUGCGCGAGGCCGACCUGCGCCCCUUCGUGGACCGGAGCCUCCUGCAGGAGAGCGGCGAGUGCGCGGGCUGCUACCGCUUCCUGCACCUGAGCCUGCAGCACCUCCUGGCGGCCGCGCUCUACGUCCUGGGCGGCGGCGAGGGCGGCCCCGGCUGGGGCGCUCGCGGGGUGCGGAGGCUGCUCUCCAAGGAGGAAGGGCGCCGGAACCCCCACCUGGCCCACGUGGGGCGCUUCUUGUUCGGCCUCGCCAACGAAGACCGGGUCAGGGAGCUGGGGGCCGCCUUCGGCUGCCCGGUGUCCACGGAGCUCAAGCACGAGCUGCUGGCGUGCACCGUGAGGUCCCCCGAGAACGGCCCCUUCUCCUCGGUGACGGACACGAGGGAGACCUUGUGCCGUCUCUACGAAUCGCAGGACGAACCGCUGGUGAAGGAAGCCGUGGCCCAGGUCACGGAAGUGUCCCUGCACUUGAAAGACCCCACGGACCUCGCGCACGCGUCCUUCUGCCUCAAGCAUUGCGAACGGCUGCAGAAACUGCGUCUGCGGGUGGAAAAGGGCGUGUUCCUGGACGACGACACCGCGUCGGGGUCCGAGGCCCAGGCUGCCGGGUCCCAGAACGAUGAACAUGUACUUCCUUUCUGGAUGGACCUUUGUUCCGUAUUCGACUCCAACAAGGAUCUGGUAUUUCUAGAUAUCAGUCAGACCUUCCUGAGUACCUCAUCAGUGAAGAUUCUUUGUGAAAAACUCUCCUCUGCUACCCAUAAUCUUCAGAAAGUGGCCCUCAAAAAUGUUUCCCCAGCGGAUGCUUACCGGGAUUUCUGCGUUGUCUUUGGUGGUCACGAGACACUAACCCAUCUGACCCUUCAAGGAAAUGACCAGGAUGAUAUGCUUCCCAUAUUGUGUGAGAUCUUGAGACACCCCAAAUGUAAUCUGCAAUGCCUCAGGUUGGUAUCUUGUUCUGCCUCUGCUCAGCAAUGGGCCCAUCUCUCCUCCUCCCUCGAGAUCAACCAGUCCCUCACAUGCCUGAACCUGACAGCAAAUGAGCUUACAGAUGAGAGUGCCAGGUUGCUAUGCAAGACUCUGAGACACCCCAAGUGCUUCCUGCAGAGGCUGUCGUUGGAAAACUGUCACCUCACGGAAGCCUGUUGCAAGGAGCUCUCCUCUGCUUUGAUCGUCAACCAGAGUCUGACACACCUGUGCUUGGCAAAGAACGCUCUCGGAAAUGGAGGGAUGAAACUUCUGUGCGAGGGCUUGAGUUACCCGGACUGUCAAUUACAGAUGCUGGUGCUUUGGUACUGCAGCAUAGGCAGCAAUGGCUGUCAUCAUCUGUCAACACUUCUCCAGCAAAAUUCAAGCCUUACGCACUUGGAUCUGGGGCUGAAUCACAUAGGAAUUACUGGACUGAAGUUUCUGUGUGAGGCUUUGAAGAAGCCAAUGUGUAACCUCAAAUGUCUAUGGUUGUGGGGAUGUGCCAUCACCCCUUUCAGCUGUGAGAUUCUCGCAUCUGCCCUUGGCAACAACUGGAGCCUGAUCAGUCUGGACCUAGGCCAGAAUUCCUUGGGAUAUAGCGGAGUGAAGAUGCUGUGUAAUACCUUGAAACUUCAGAAUUCCUCCCUCCGGACACUCAGGUUGAGGAUAGAUGAAUCUGAUCCUCGAAUCCAGAAGCUGCUGAAAGAAGUCCAAGAAAGUGACCCACAACUGACCAUUGAGAGUGAUAAGCAAGAUCCAAACAAUAACCGACCUUCUUCACAUGACUUCAUUUUCUGAAUCCCCUGGAGUUCUUGGUUCUCCAGUAAAGUCUGAGGUUGUCAAGGUGAUGGGGGAACUUCCUCUGAGCCCUCUCAGUGAUGUUAGGUAUGGGGCCAGAUGUUCUUUUAGCCUUGGGGGGGUGCCUUUGGCUUCCAUAAAGCACACACAAGUGACUUACCCCUGUUACGGGUGGAAUGUCUAUAUCUCGAGUCUAUCAAGAGAAAUAAAGGUGAAAGCAUUCAUGAAGGAGGUUAUGUUUAUUAAUGGAUUCUGACCAAACUUAGACACAAGAUACUUAAUUUGGGGAGAACCUAACCCAGCAGGGAAAGGGGACAGACAUGUUUGUGAUCCCAUCAGUCCGUUCACUUUGCCAGUCACUGCCUGGCUCUGGCAUUUCUUGACCUGCAUGGAUAGCUUUCUAUAGGUCUUCCUCAUCAAGAGUAUUUCUCCUACAAAUCCUACGAUAUUUUGUAGCAUUCUUAAGCACUUCAAUGAAGCACAUAUAUGAUCACAUCAUUGCUGUUAUUAACUUUUUAAUAAUUCCCCCCUUACAGAAAACAUAAGUUCAUGGUGUGCGUAGCCCUUCCCCAUCUAGCCCUCCUUAUUUCAUUGUGACCUACAGAAUCCCAAAAUUCCUUAAGGCAAUUAAUUGUUAAGAAUCACUUUUUUAUUAAGCGCUAAUUUGUCAAUUACUCUUUCAGUCAUCCUACUUUCCUGUUUCAUCCCCGGGGUUCAUCGGUUCAUCAUUCUCACCAAAUACACCACGUUCCCAGAUGUCCCCUUCAAACCGCCCUUGAACGUGCUUGUGUAUCAUCUCUCUGAUGUCACUGCAUACAGUGUGGGUUCCUGGACUUUCCCACGGGUUUCCUUCCUUCUGUUUCUGUCUCAAGGCCUCUUGUUCAGCUGGAUGUAGGUUUUUCCUAGAGCAUCUUCAUUCUCAGGGUCUGAGGUUUCGUGAGUGCCUUUAGUAGGAGCAGAUGGGGUUGUUAAAAGAAGAAAUAGAGGGGCACCUGUACGGCUCAGUCAGUUAAGUGUCUGACUUCAGCUCAGGUCAUGAUCUUACGGUUCAGGAGUUUGAGCCCCGCAUCAGGCUCUGCACUGACAGCUCAGAGCCUGGAGCCUGCUUCCAAUUCUGUGUCUCCCUUUCUCUCUGCCUUUCCCCUGCUCGCACUCUCUCUCAAAAAUAAACAUUUUUU